AUGACGACCAGACAACCACUCUCGGCAGCCUCUACCAACCGACCACAUGUCAAAGAGAAGAAAACUGAACCUGACAAUCUCAAGCUUCAGACGGCUUUGGACGAUGCAGCAAAUCAAAGACGAAAGAGGGCGGAGGCGGAGGGUGUGGCUCAAGGAGCCAGGAAAGAUGCCAUUGCCGCUGAGGAAAUGGCGGCUCGGUUCAAAAAAGAGCUGGAAAAAGCCAAAGCCAGUAUUGCGAGGAGAGAUGAAGACCUGGCUUCUUUGAGAAAAAAGGCUGGAGACGGUUUGGAAGCACAACUGCAAGAAUUGGUCGAGCGACAUAAAACCUCGAAAUCCAAGUGGAAAUCCGAAAUUGAUGAUCUACAGAAAGCCAACGCUGACCUCGCCAAUCAACUCCGAGAUGAACAAAAGAAGCAUGGUCUAUCAACGGAACAACGCAGAGCGACCGCUUUGAUGGAAGCGGAGAAUGCGGUGUUGAAGAAGGAAAUUGACCGGCUUCGGGCCACUCUGAAGUCCACCAGAAGUGAAGAAGGACGAUGGGGGAAGGAAAGAGCUUCAUUAUUUCAUGAGCUCGAAUCUUUGAAGCACCAGGUAUUUGCUGGUGAGAAGGUCAAGGAAGAGAGAGACGUGUUGGAGGACUUGUUGAACGCUGCUACUCUUACUUUCGCUACAAGCUCCCGUGCGUGGAAGGAGCAGCUGAGAGAUGUGAAAGAGGAGCUUAUUCUGGAACGAGCGGAGAAGAUGUGUUGGAAGACUAGAACGUCAGAGUUGAGAAUGAGAGUGAAGGGUAUGAUGAGGGAUUCUCGCAUUCUUCAACGACGUUUCGAUCUCGUUCUAGCGGAAAACGCGAUCUUACAUGAGAACCUAAGGUUCCAUUGUUGUCCUAUCACUCUUCCACCACCCCCUCAAUCCGAAACAGUACUGCCUCUCCCUAGCCUGGACAUCACACAAGAGUUCCAGAUCACUUUCAAUCAUCUCGACCUCCUAUCUGAUCAUCUUCAAUACGUCAAGUCCGACAACGACGUGCUCUUUGCGUCUCUCAAGAGCACCACUGUUUCUCUGGAAAAGGCUGAACAGGUCGAAAGCUCACUUCGAGCUUCCUACGCAGAAUUACAGGCUCAACACUCCGCCCUUAUUCAAGAACACGAACCAUGUGCCGCUCGGGAACUGUCACUGAAGGAAGAGCUCACUCGAGUGCAAGAGGCGGAAAAAGGAGUGAGGGAACAGAUGACGGAGAUGCAUGGUAAAGUCUCGAGAGCUGAACAGAGGGCCAAAGAAGAUCGGGAGAUGUUAAGAAGGGCAAAUGAUUCAGCUAUGAGGUCAAAAGCUGCCGAAACUGCGUUAGAGGAGGAAGUGCAGAGACUCAAAGACGCCCUCUUGCAAGCUGAACAAUAUCGGGAACUCUACGAAGACCUCGACGAAAGAUAUAGAAUCCUCGAAUCUCGCGAAGCCAUGGCAUUGGACGAAGCAGAGAAAUUAGGACAUCAAAACGCUCGAUUGAUAGGUCAUGUCAAUGGUGAUCAGAGGAUAUCGUAUGUUGAUAGUGUGAGAAGAGAAAUGGCUUUGGUGAAGGCAGAACUUGCAGCAACGCGUACCAUGUUGAAUGACGCUAACGACCGUAUAAAAGAUCUCUCAAGGGAAGUAGAAGCUUACAAAUCUGUCGAACCUAUGGGAAUAGGACAAAGAACUAAAGUCGUUCGUCGACAACCUGAAGGAAGUAGGUUGGUGAUGAGUACCAAUCGGAGUGUUUCCGGUCCUUCUGGAUGGAGAUGA